CUAACUUCCGCCUCGCCGUCCAAGCCUGGAGUCAAGAAGCUGGCCCGCUCCGUCUGUCGCGGGCGCUACUCCUGGGACGCCUGCCCGACUCCCGAGUCGUCUCCAAUUGGCCGUCGGAGGAACGGAAGCCGAAGAGGAGCAGUGAACCCGGAAGUGCUUCGCAGCAGAGGCCCGGGCAACUCUUUUGAAUGGAAUCGGGCUGAUUCAUCGCCGGUUUGCCGAGCCAGAGCCGGGCCCAGUUCGAGCUGCUGCUGUCGCUGUCGCCGCCGCCGCGUCAUCGCUCCUGGAAGACUAGGGUCCAGACCGCGACCUCCCGCUCUGCCCGCCUUCAGCAGACUUGCAAGAAAGAUACCACUCUCAUUUUAAGAUGAGGUCUAGACUCUAGAUCUAGAGUCGAGAAGAAAGGAACUUGUUCACAUCAUAUAGAGAGAGGGAGAGAGAGAGGGGGGAAAAAAAAAGCCUUGGGAAAAAUUAUACCUGCCAGUAUUAACAAGAGAAUUCUUGAAUUAAGAAAUUUUUCAAACUCAGCAAAUUGAAGCUUAACACCACAAGAGCUGUAGCUACUGACCAGAAAUAUGGACAGACUUCUUAGACUUGGAGGAGGUAUGCCUGGACUGGGCCAGGGGCCACCUACAGAUGCUCCUGCAGUGGACACAGCAGAACAAGUCUAUAUCUCUUCCCUGGCACUGUUAAAAAUGUUAAAACAUGGCCGAGCUGGAGUUCCAAUGGAAGUUAUGGGUCUUAUGCUUGGAGAGUUUGUGGAUGAUUACACCGUCAGAGUGAUUGAUGUGUUUGCUAUGCCACAAUCAGGAACAGGCGUCAGUGUAGAGGCAGUUGAUCCAGUGUUCCAAGCUAAAAUGUUGGAUAUGUUGAAGCAGACAGGAAGGCCUGAGAUGGUGGUUGGUUGGUAUCACAGUCACCCUGGCUUUGGUUGUUGGCUUUCUGGUGUGGAUAUCAACACUCAGCAGAGCUUUGAAGCCUUGUCGGAGAGAGCUGUGGCAGUGGUUGUGGAUCCCAUUCAGAGUGUAAAAGGAAAGGUUGUUAUUGAUGCCUUCAGAUUGAUCAAUGCUAAUAUGAUGGUCUUAGGACAUGAACCAAGACAAACAACCUCAAAUCUGGGUCACCUAAACAAGCCGUCUAUUCAGGCAUUAAUUCAUGGACUAAACAGACAUUAUUACUCCAUUACUAUUAACUAUCGGAAAAAUGAAUUGGAACAGAAGAUGUUAUUAAAUUUGCAUAAGAAGAGUUGGAUGGAAGGUUUGACACUUCAGGACUACAGUGAGCACUGUAAACAUAAUGAAUCAGUGGUAAAAGAAAUGUUGGAAUUAGCAAAAAAUUACAAUAAGGCUGUAGAAGAAGAAGAUAAGAUGACCCCUGAACAGCUGGCAAUAAAGAAUGUUGGCAAGCAGGACCCCAAACGUCAUUUGGAGGAACAUGUGGAUGUACUUAUGACUUCAAAUAUUGUCCAGUGUUUAGCAGCUAUGUUGGAUACUGUUGUAUUUAAAUAAAGUAAUGGAAAAAGCUUUUAGUGAUACUUUCAGUGUAUAGUCCUCUGUUGUUCCUAAUGCUCAAAAUCAAGGGACCUCUGAAGGUGUAUUUGGUUAAAAAUAAGACAUCUGGCAUCAUUUGCAGCACUGUAACACCUUCAGUCUCCAUUGUGCAAUUACUUCUAUUUCUUUAGUCAGGGUCUUUGCAGAUUCCAAAGUUGUAUAAGAAUACAUCAAAGUGGACAAAUUUUGUUAAGAUCCCGUUUAAUAUUUGAAGAAAUCAGUAACACAAAUAUAUUUUGAUUGUUGCUUACAAAAUAAAAUACAUUUACAAUCUA